GGUGCGUUUCGCUACUGCAGCGAUAAGCAUCGGUACGAUGUAAAUGGGCAGAAAAGAUAAGAGUCUGUCACAAAAGACACGGCGGCCACUGCAGGCACUAUCGUGAUUAGAAACCCUGCUCUCUCGCCGUCGCGUAAAUCACGGUGGCCUGUAACGGUUGUAGAGGCUUCACCAUCGACUGUCAGCCAUUUUCGUGCGAAUGGCCGGGGAGGUACGGAGGGCCCUUGGCCGGACUUGGAGCCUGCUUUUCGGCCUGGCCCGGACAGGCCUUCGGGGGCCUGAGUUGCGGACACUUCUGGUGAUAUCUGCCGUCGGCGGACUUGUUUGUCUGCCCGCUGCUGCUCAAGAGAAGGAGUGCGACAAGCCCUGCGUAAACGGGCAGUGCAACCCAGCCAACGGCCACUGCUUGUGCGACCCGGGGUGGGUAGGGGACCAAUGCCAACAUUGCGGCGGCCGCUUCAGGCUGACCGGGCCAUCGGGGUAUCUGUCCGACGGACCAGGAAACUACAAAUACAAAACCAAAUGCACGUGGCUCAUAGAGGGGCAGGUUAACUCCAUUCUGAGACUGCGCUUUGAGCACUUUGCCACAGAGUGCAGUUGGGACCAUCUCUAUGUGUAUGAUGGAGACUCCAUCUACUCUCCUCUACUGGCUGCGUUCAGUGGGCUGAUCGUCCCCGAGGCCUACAACAACGAGACGGUUCCGGAGCUGGUGGCUGAGUCUGGCUUCGCGCUCCUCCACUUCUUCAGUGACGCAGCCUACAACCUCACUGGCUUCAACAUCUCCUACAGGUUAAACGCGUGCCCAAACGACUGCUCCGGUCACGGUGUGUGUCGGCCGGAUGACGGGACCUCCGGGGAGCCUGUGCGCUGCGAGUGUGUGGACGGCUGGAAGGGCCGAGCAUGCGACGUGCCUUACUGCGCCCGCGACUGCAGCGGCCCCGCCCACGGCUCCUGCCAGCCCGACGCCGAUCGCUGCACCUGCGAGCCGGCCUGGCAAGGUCCUGAUUGUUCAGUCUCAGUACCUGCUAAUGUUUCCUUCUGGACUCAUGAGGAGUACAGCGGGCUGGGCUUGCCACGGGCUUCCCAUAAGGCAGUGCUCCACAAAGACGUCAUGUGGGUGAUCGGCGGACACGUGUUUAACUACACAAACUACCAGAUGGUGACAGCGUUCAGCCUCUCCACUCAGAGCUGGAUGUCUUUGAACUGGUCGGUCAACUAUGUUACGGCGCGCUAUGGCCACUCUCUGGCUGUGCACGAGAAUAAGAUCUACAUGUAUGGUGGGAAGGUGGACUCCACAGGGAACGUGACGUCAGAGCUGUGGGUGUUCCACACGCACAACCACUCGUGGGAGCUGCUGAACCCUCGGGUUAAAGAGCAGUAUGCCGUGGUGGGCCACUCAGCCCACACCGUCCAGCUGCAGCCCGACGGCUCCGAGCCUGUCAUGCUGGUCGUCUUCGGCCACUGCCCCCUCUACGGAUACAUCGGCCAAGUGCAGCAGUACAAUAUCGUGAAGAACAGGUGGAGUGUUUUGGAGACGAGUGGGGCGCUGGUUCAUGGCGGCUACGGCCACAGCAGUGUGUACGACCCCCAAACACGCUCCAUCUACAUCCACGGCGGGUACAAGGCAUUCAACGCCACCAAAUAUGGCCUGGCCAGCGACCUCUACCGCUACCACGUUGACGAGAACAUGUGGUCGAUUCUGAAAGACAGCGGCUCCUUCCGCUACCUACACACGGCCGUGCUGGUGGGCGGGAACUUGCUGAUAUUUGGAGGGAACACCCACAACGACACAUCCAUGAGUCAUGGUGCCAAGUGCUUCUCCUCUGACUUCAUGGCCUAUAACCUGGCAUGCGAUGAGUGGACGGUGCUGCAGAAGCCGGACCUGCCCCACGACGUCAACCGUUUCGGCCACUCGGCUGUCUACAGCGAUGGGGUGAUGUACGUGUAUGGGGGCUUUAACAGCCUGAUGCUGAGUGAUCUGUUAACGUAUACCCCUGCCAACUGCUCUGCCUACACCUACGCAGAGGAGUGUGAGCUGGCUGUCCCAGGCUUGCGUUGCAUGUGGAACUCCAGCAGUGAUGCGUGCCUGCCCUGGGAGCCUGUGCAGCCCCUCCGAGCGGAGACCGUGCUCCGCAUGUGCCCACUCAGAGCCUACGCAGGCAGCGACAGGUGUGACCAGUACACAGAUUGCUACAGCUGCACGGCGAACACCAACGGCUGCCAGUGGUGCGCUGAACACUGCAUGGCUGCCCACAGUAACUGCACAGCUGCCUCGGGGGCCGUAACAGAGUAUGAGGCGUGUCCUAAAGACAUCCUCUCAUACUCGUGUAAUAAGAAGACCAGCUGUAAGAGCUGUGCUACUGACCAGUACUGUCAGUGGGAGGCCAGGAACCAGGAGUGUAUCACUUUGCCAGAGAAUGUGUGUGGGGAGGGUUGGCACCUGGUGGGCAACUCGUGUAUGAAGCUGAUCACGGCGAAGGACACGUAUGACAACGCUAAGCUGGCCUGCCGCAGUCACAGUGCUGUGCUGGCCUCGCUCAACACCGCUAAGAAAGUGCAGUUCGUCCUCAAAGAGCUGCAGAGCAAAUCUGCACAGUCUAAAUCAGUGGUGACCCCUUGGGUGGGUCUGAGGAAAGUGAACGUGUCCUACUGGUGCUGGGAGGACAUGUCCCCCUUCACUAACUCCACUCUGCAGUGGUUGCCAGGGGAGCCCAGUGAUGCUGGCUUCUGUGGGUACCUGGCCGAGCCCAGCUCAGGUGGCCUGAAGGCAGCUGCCUGCAUCAACUCCUUCAAUGGCAGCCUGUGUGAGCGACCAGCCAACCACAGUGUGAAGCAGUGUCGCACGCCCUGUGCUUUGCGCUCAUCCUGCAGUGAGUGCACAAGCGGAGGCUCUGAGUGCAUGUGGUGCAGUAACAUGAGGCAGUGUGUCGACUCCAACGCCUACGUGGCCUCCUUCCCCUUUGGCCAGUGCAUGGAGUGGUACACUAUGAACAGCUGCCCACCGGAGAACUGCUCUGGCUAUAGGACGUGUUCUCAGUGCCUGGAUCAGCCUGGUUGUGGGUGGUGCACUGACCCCAGCAAUACGGGACGGGGCCAGUGUAUGGAGGGCUCCUACCGUGGGCCAGUCCAGACCCUGCUGCAUGCUCCAUCAUCCAUAAGACCUACCCUCAUCUCUGCCCCUCCGCCAAUACUUAAUGUGAGCUUAUGUCCCCAGGAAAAAAAGUUCAACUGGUCCUUCAUACAAUGUCCAGCGUGCCAGUGCAAUGGUCACAGUGCAUGUGUGAAUGAGAGCGUGUGUGAGAGAUGUGAGGAUCUCACAACCGGCGGGCACUGUGAGAACUGCAUAUCCGGUUACUAUGGUGACCCCACUAAUGGCGGAAGUUGUCAGCCGUGCAAGUGUAACGGCCAUGCUAGCGUGUGUAAUUCGAACAACGGCAAGUGCUUUUGCACCACCAAGGGCAUCAAAGGAGACCGCUGCCAUCUGUGUGAAGUGGAGAAUCGUUACCAGGGCAACCCACUUAAAGGAACCUGUUAUUACACUUUGCUGAUAGACUACCAGUUCACGUUCAGCCUGUCUCAGGAGGACGACCGCUACUACACCGCCAUUAACUUUGUGGCCACUCCAGAUGAGCAAAAUCGAGAUCUAGACAUGAUCAUCAAUGCCUCCAAGAACUUUAACCUCAACAUCACCUGGGCAACCAGUUUCACAGCUGGUACUCAGUCUGGAGAAGAGGUUCCCAUUGUCUCCUGUAGCAGCAUAAAGGAGUUUAAGGACAGUUUCUCCAAUGAGAAGUUUGAUUUUCGAAGCAACGUCAACAUCACCUUCUUUGUUUAUGUCAGCAACUUCACCUGGCCAAUCAAAAUACAAAUUGCUUUCUCCCAGCACAGUAACUUCAUGGAUCUGGUACAAUUCUUUGUCACAUUUUUCAGCUGCUUCCUGUCCCUUCUCCUGGUGGCUGCAGUCGUGUGGAAGAUCAAGCAGAGCUGUUGGGCAUCACGGCGACGAGAGCAACUCCUGCGAGAGAUGCAGCAGAUGGCUAGUCGACCGUUCGCUACAAUCAACGUUGCCUUGGAGACUGAGGAGGAGCCGCCCGACCUUAUUGGUGGAAAUGUAAAGGCAGUGCCGAAGCCCAUAGCGUUGGAACCAUGCUUUGGAAAUAAGGCGGCAGUACUUUCUAUCUUCAUCAGAUUACCCAGAGGUCCUGGCGGCAUCCCAACCCCAGGACAGUCAGGGCUGGCCGUGGCGAGCGCUCUGGUGGACGUGUCCCAGCAGAUGUGCGUGGGCUACAAGGACAAAUCGGGAGGUUUGCGCAGUCGCAAGCAGCAGCCGCUGUCGCAGCCAGCCACGUGCAUCUGACCUUCCCGCUCUGACCCCCUUACCCCUGAACCCUGACCUCCGCCUCGACUGAGCCACGGACACGCGUAGACCUGCGCGGCAGGAGGUCAUGCUCGCCGGAGGAGGAGAACGGCCGUGGCCUGGUGUUCUAUCAGAACUCUGACUGGAGAAACUAAGACUCCCCCAGCCAAUGGAAUGUACCCAAGCAGAGGAGAGGAAUGAAAACGAUGGGGCGAGGGACAGGCAUGGAGAGAGCGAGGUGGUGCUCUAUCGCGCCCUACUGACUGAGUGCAGAUAAGACUCUUCUCCCGCAUCCGCUAUAUGAUAUUUAACUUAUUACUGUCGUUCCUGUUUUAGUCCCGUUUUAUGCUCAGGAGGAGGUAUCCCUGCACUGCUGCAACAUGGUCUCCGUGGCAACCCACAGCCAGACCGCUCAUACCUAUUACGCAUACCCAUGCAUAUCUGCCCUCAAACAAAUUAGCACUUACCUAUUCCCCUCACCCACACAGAAAUGGGUGGUCAUCCAAGACUUUAGUGUGAGGCAUUGUAUGCAUCUGUGUCCCUUAAAUCAUGGCUCUGAAUGGAGUAGGAUCUGUGGGUGAUGCUGGAUCAGUCAUUUUUGAAACUGUAUGGGUAUAUGUGCAUAUAUUAUGUGUGUGCAUUUCCAUGUGGGGAAGUGAAUUGUCUAAUGGGUUAUUGUGACAGCAUCAGACUCUCUCUCUCUGAAAAGCCGCCAGUUGAUUUGCACUUCGCUCCUUUCAUACAUCUCUCACAUGGAUCAGCACCAUUAACUGCUUAUGUUCUCAUCAGGAGCGUUGUACCAGUUUUAGACUUGCACAAGUUUGUCAUCUUCCUCUCCCUCUUUUCCUCUGACUCGCACACAAUCGGUCUCUUCUGAGAUCUCAGCCCAUUUCUCAGACUCGUUUUGGUUGGUGACAUGAGCAGACGUGGAGGGAGGCGAAAGCACUGAGGUAAAGGCCUGGUAGAUGAAUGUGAGCAGGAGCCUUUGUGUUUAGAACUAAAAUUCUGCAGGGCUGGGUUUGGACCGCCGUGCCCUAGCCGCUUUCAGUCGCAGCUCACUCCUCAUUAAGCUUCAGACUCCAGGGGAACAUUCCUCUGGGCCUGCAUGGACUAACAGCACAGUUUAAAGCUGUCCUGCAUGGAGAGGUGUUGAUGCUCAUAUUACUGUACUCUUCAUUUCUCCAGUAGACAUACAGGCAAAACUGUUUUUUUCCCACCAAAUUAUUUGCAAUAUCAUGAAUCAAGCUGCCAGAUCUGUUUGCCAAAUCUCUUUCUUCCUGCUAGUUCCUGUAUGUUUGAAAGCAAAACACAACUCCAUGUACUUCAUUAUUGUAUAGUCUGUGUAUAAACAGUUUUGGAUAGUGUUCAGAGCUCACACAGUGGAACUCAGUCUGGGCUUUUUGUGGCUGCCAUUCCUGCAUGUCCAUUGUGCUGAAAGCUGUAGGAGCCAUGAUUGAGGUGACGCAGGCCCAUCCCAAACAACACAGUGCAUUCCAUCAGAGCACUUACAACCAAACAAGACCUACUACAUAGGAAAUAAAGCAUGACUGUUGGGAAAAUUCCAUUCAGAUUUAUGGAUGAUCAAAUGUGAAGAUGCAUUAAAAUGGUUCAGUAGUCCGAGUGGACUUGGCCGCUUCUUUAAACAGCUACUUGUUAAAAAGCUCCAGAUGAUGAGCUCCAUACUCACACGCACAGGGUGGAGCACCGUCAUGAAAGGAGCUGGUCUCUUCAUGGAAGCCAAUUACCAGAAGGCUCAUUGUAUUUCGAGUCUCAAACAGAACUCCUCCACCCCCUGAGAACCCACCAUCACACACACCCAGUGUUGCUGUCCAUUCUCUGUACAGUGAUCACUGUAGAUACUGAAAUCCGUAAUUUGUUAAUAUGUAUGAUGUAGCAACAGACGUUUUUGUACAUAAUGAUGGACAGUAAUGUGAAUGCCCAUUCUGUUGAGUGACUUGCUUGGCAGGUGAAGUGUCCAGAGCUUUUACAGUGGGAGAUCACUGCAGCUUUUUUUUUUUUUUUGUAUGUAAAAUGGCAGAUAUCACCAUGAACAAAUCUUAAAUUAAGCACAAAUGAGAUGUGUUAAAAAAAAAAAAAAUCUCGAGAAUUAUAACUGAAGUAAUUUUACAUGUACAUAAUGACAUAGAGCAUUUUGUCUAUAAUUAAAUGUUGAGUAAACAUCCUGUCUACCUUUGACUCAGUUUAAGAGGUAUAUAAGUGAUAUUAAGUUUAUCCAUUCUAAUUUAGUUGACUUUUAGAUAUGUUCACAUCCAUGAUUUAGCUCCCACUAGUGGCAGAUUGUGAGAAGACUAAUUCUUUUCAUAACCAGGAUAGUUUGGAUCGUUCCUUAAAUUAGUGGUUCUCAACAUUUUUAUUUUAUGGGGGAAAAUGUUCAAAAAAGCUGUUUCCAUUUAUUAUUAUUGUUGUUGUUGUUGUUGUUGUUGUUGUUGUUGUUGUUUUAGCCAAAGCACGUUGUGUUUUGCUUGCUGGCGCUAGUUAGCGCCAUCCUCCGGGUGCGUUCGGCCUCCUGCUGUCCCGGUAGUGGCGGAGAUGUGGCGCUGGGUAUCGCUUGUCUCUGAGGAAGAACAUGCUCGUCGCACCUUUCAUGGUUGGUUGUUGUAUGACUGGAUAAAACAGGAUGCAAUUGGAGAAAAUAUAAAUCACAACAAAAAAAUAGAGAAAAAUGAAAUAAAAUUUGUAGUCACUUUGCUAGAACGAUAAGA